AUGUUCGUAUGGAACGUAACGCAGAAUGCACCCUUGGAUUUGAGCAGACAUGGGACUGCAUGGAAAACUAACGUUACUAAUACUUUUAAAUUUCAACGACGUCUUCCCUGUCAAACUUGCGGUAAAAGUUUUGACAGACCUUCUCUUUUAAAAAGACACCUGCGAACACAUACAGGCGAAAAACCACAUGGAUGUGCAAUAUGUGGUAAAAUGUUUAGCACAAGCAGUUCAUUAAAUACACACGUUAGGAUUCAUACUGGUGAACGUCCUCAUGAAUGUCCAAUGUGUGGGAAGCGUUUUACGGCAUCAUCGAAUUUAUAUUAUCAUCGCAUGACGCAUUAUAAGGAGAAACCACACAAAUGUGAUGAAUGUGGACGAUCCUUUCCUACUCCCGGUGAUUUAAGGGCUCAUGGAUAUUCUCAUACCGGUAAUUGGCCUUUACGUUGUUCCAUCUGUAAUAGGGGAUUUUGCAAAUUCGGCGCAUUGCAUCAUCAUAUGAAAUCACAUGGUGAUCAUUCUUGUUACGGUAUCUACAAUCAGAAGUCUCCCGUCAUCAAUGAUUUACGAAUUCAUGAGCGUUUACAACAUUUGCAUGUGUCAAAUAAUAAUGCAGCUGAUCUCUCCCAUACAGGUACUCAUAAUAAUAUUUCAAGCAUAGAGAUUAUCAAAUUUGAAGGUUUCAAUAACAAUUACAUACAAUUACCUACAAUGUAUCCAUGGCCUUCUCUUCCUUGGAUGCCAUUACAAUUCUCAAAUUAA